AUGGCUCCUCUCCGCCUUGGUUCGAUUGCCCCUGACUUCACUGCCGAGACCACGGCCGGCGAGAUCAACUUCCACGAGUUCAUCGGCGACUCGUGGGCGGUCCUGUUCUCGCACCCGGCCGACUUUACGCCCGUGUGCACCACCGAGCUGGGCGAGGUCGCCAGGCUGACGCCCGAGUUCGAGAAGCGCAACGUCAAGGUCAUCGGCCUGAGCACCAACGACCUCCACGACCACGCCGAGUGGGUUGACGACAUCAACGAGGUCAACAACGUCAACCUCAAGUUCCCGAUCAUCGCCGACAAGGACCGCGAGGUGGCGACCCUGUACGACAUGCUGGACAGCGUCGAGCACGACGCGUCCAACGUGGUCAACGGCAUUCCGUUCACUGUCCGCUCGGUGUUUGUCAUCGACCCGGCCAAGAAGAUCCGGCUGAUUCUGACCUACCCGGCCAGCUGCGGACGCAACUUCGACGAGCUCAUCCGCUCCAUCGACUCGCUGCAGCUGUCGGACCGCCAGCCGAUUGCCACCCCCGCCAACUGGCAGCCCGGACAGGACGUCAUCGUCCAUGUGUCGGUGCCCACCGAGAAGGCCAAGGAGAUCUUCCCCAAGGUCCGCGAGGCCAAGCCGUACCUGCGCUUCGCUACUCUCCCCGAGGAGAGCCAGUAA